UUUGAUGACGUAACGACAAUGGUCCAGAAAACAAAUGGCGAAUGCGUUAGCAGCCACAGGCCUAGCGUGCGAGUAACAUGAAGCUGACCUGCACACAGUGCUUCUUUUGCCGUUUGUAUUUUUCUGUUGGAUCUCUAUACGGUUGGGCUGUUGAAGUACGUGGCUUUUGCAGCAGUAAACCCGCUGGGUGUAAAGCUGCCAGUCUUGCGUAGAGAAGCUCCCUGUAGAAAUGCGCGCUUAUUCGGCAUACUGCUUAGAUAUGCCCGCUAAUCUAUGGAUCUGUUGGCAUAGGGGCCAUUACAAAUACUUGCAUGCGCAGGGCAAGGGCUGAACCAUGUCAGUUGAUGGAGAUGUUGACUAUGGGCAUGAGUUUCCAGCCCAUUAUAAAGUGAUGCUUGACAAACUGAAUGAGCAGCGUCAGCUGGAUCAGUUCACAGACAUCACUCUCAUUGUGGAUGGACAUCAGUUUAGGGCCCACAAAGCUGUUUUGGCUGCAUGCAGUCAGUUUUUCCACAAAUUCUUCCAGGACUUCACUCAAGAGCCUCUAGUGGAGAUUGAAGGUGUUGGCAACAUCGCCUUCCGCCACCUAAUGGAGUUCACUUAUACGGCUACAUUAGCUGUGGAUGGUGAGGAAGAAGUCUGUGAUGUCUGGAGAGCAGCAGAGUACCUUCAAAUGCAGGAGGCAAUUAAAGCCUUGAACAACAGAAGGAAUGGUACCACCUCAUUAAACCCCCCCCAGGUCUUGACUGGAAAGAGCAAGGCUAAGAAGAGGAAGAUCGCAGAGACCUUCAAUGUCAUCACUGAGACUCUUCCUUCAGUGGAGACUGAAUCUGUUGAAAUCGAGGUGGAGGUUGAUGAGGAACAUAUCGAGGUAGAGGAAAGCGGUCUGGUGGAGGUAGUGGAUGCUGCCAGGAGUUCCACCGAACCGUCUUCGGAUGACUCCGCGUUGGCUUUGCUGGCUGAUAUCACUAGCAAGUACCAACAGGAAGAGCCGAUACUCCAUGUGAUGAAAAAGGAGGAUGAGACGGUAGUCGUGCCGGAAGAGGCUGUGAUUGCCUCCAAGACGCUGGAGAAUAUUGAAGUGGUGGAGGUCCAGAUCUCUCAGCUGGACAAUCUUUUCCGUUGUGACAAGUGUGAGCGCUGCUUCAAACUCUACUACCACCUCAAACAGCACUUGAAGACUCACACCGCUACCCCGGAUAGGGGCUUUGUUUGCAGGCACUGCGGCAAAGUAUAUGCUCGGGAAGGAGCCCUUAAACAGCACCUGAAUAAUUCUCAUUUUGAUGCAGAGGAACAGUCCCGACGGCAGAAAAAGAAAGUGCAUGUUUGCGAGUACUGUGAAAAGCAGUUCGAUCAUUUUGGACAUUUCAAAGAGCAUUUAAGGAAGCACACAGGUGAGAAACCCUUUGAGUGUCCAGAAUGCCAUGAACGUUUUGCCAGGAAUAGUACGCUGAAGUGCCACAUGUCAGCGUGUCAAAAUGGCUCUGGAGCCAAAAAAGGGCGAAAGAAGCUCUAUGAAUGCCAGGUCUGUAGCAGUGUUUUCAAUAGUUGGGAGCAGUUCAAGGACCAUUUGGUGACCCACACGGGUGAGAAACCCAAUCAUUGCACCCUCUGCGAUCAGUGGUUCACACAACCCAGAGACCUCCAUACUCAUCUGCAAGAACACCACGACUUACAGGAGAAGGUUAUCGUCACAGAGGAAGUCCUGAUUUCAGACCCAACCACAGUCUUGACUAUGGCAGAGUAUGAGGAGGGAGAGGAGGGGGUUAUAUUGGAGGAUGGCAUACGGGUGGAGCAUGUUACUGUGGAGCCAGUGGAUGUUGUUGCUGUUGAGGAGACUCUAGUGGUGGAGGAAGAGAAGCCUCAGACGGAAGGUGGGGUGGAAGAGACAGUGGUUUUACAAGUAGACGGUGAGAGAUUGAAAGAGCAAGCAAUGGACAUCCAAAUAGCACAGGUGACUGUUGCAGAACCAGCAGACUGUGACGUUAAACAAGAGGCCGUGGACCGUUUGAAAGAAGAAAAGAUUGCAAAUGUAUGAAAGGCUUCUGCUGUGCAUGGAGACUUUAAGAAUGAAAUGGGGAGAUUAACCAGGCCUUUUCUCCUUUCCCACCCCUUAAAAUUAUACAGUAAUGCUCAUUCUAGUGUCAUCCAACAAAGCUGGAUCACCUGCUUAAUUUCUUUCAGCUUUGCGUAUCAAUUCUCUGAAAGCAGUGUCUCUAUAAAUCUGAUCACAGGUUCAGUCAUGCUUUUAAUGUAUGUUGUGGAUAAGAAUAGUAAGAGAUGUAAUUGAUUUCAAGAAUAGUGCACGUCGCCAAGACUGUUUCUGGGGUUGAAGAAAUGUUUUUUUGUUUUUGGAUGUAUGUUUAUAGUGUGUGUAAGAAGCUUAUUUUCAUAAAAUAAAAAAAAGUGCAAAAUGUGUUCCCAAAUACUCCAGAGAAACAUAAA